GACAGAGCAAGCCUAUCUCAAUUUUUGGCCCAAUUACCAUGUAGCAUUAACUUGUUCCAGAAUGUGUAAUAUUACUGGGAAGACAGCAUCGGUAGUGGUCAAAGUGAUUUGUAGUUCACAAAGCAUGUGGGCAUUCUUUUUGAAGAAAGUAAACAAAAUAAUUUGAACUAUUGUUUCAGUCAUUUGAGCUGUAUGUACAAACGGACUAUGACACAGCUAAAUUAGUCACAACUGUCCACCACAGGCCAACUUCAAGAUAAAGGGUUAUAUAUCAGUUAGCAAUGCUCCCUUACAACCAGCCCUGAUGUGUUUGUAAGCAGGAAAAUAAUUUUAUGGUUGCAAUCAACAAAGAAAUAUCAGGCCAGUCCACCAAGCCCAGCCAAAUCCCAUAUCUCGCUCCAGUUUUAUAGAGAUUAGCGUAUCACAUGAGCCAAAUGCUGUUCCCCAACUUAGAAUGUGAUGCUGCUAUUUUGCAGGGAAAGUGUAAGCCCUGUUCUGCAACACUGAUGAAAUAGAAGUAUUCAUAAAUACUGUGUUUAAUGUGGUCCAAUAAUUGAAACAUAAAAUAGAUAUCUUGUAACAGAACAUUUUUAAAAGUCAAGAAAGAUAAGAAUUAGGCCUUGGAAAAUAAAUGACUAUGAAGAAAGAUAAAAAUAAAACAGACUGGGGUGUCUCUGAAGACCCUGCUUAGAGGCCUUGUCCUCCUUGCGGCGAGCGGCCAUUGCCAUGGAAACCAGAGCCGCAGGGCUAUCUGUCCGAGAUUGUGACGCCCAGAUGGGAGUGGUGGGAGGAGACAGGAAGAGGGUGGUGAUCGAUGGCCGGUCCUCUUUCUCCAACACCUAGCCUGAGACUUCACGGCGCGGCUGCAAUCCUGAACUAGCUUGGUAAGGGUUGUGCCCUGAACCAGCAUAGAGAGACCUCGGACCGGCCGCCUUGAUGACAGCAUCCGCGUCCUUUUCAUCAUCUCAGGGUCUCCAGCAGCCCUCCACCUACAGCUUCUCCCAAAUAACCAGCAGCUUGUUUCUCAGCAAUGGUGUGGCUGCCAACAACAAAAUCCUUCUGUCCAGCAAUCGCAUCACCGCCAUUGUCAAUGCCUCGGUGGAAGUGGUCAACGUGUUCUUUGAGGGCAUUCAGUACGUAAAGGUGCCUGUUACCGAUGCUCGUGACUCUCGUCUCUGCGACUUUUUUGACCCCAUUGCUGAUCUUAUCCACAGCGUGGAUAUGAGGCAGGGCCGCACGCUGCUGCACUGCGUGGCUGGAGUGAGCCGUUCCGCCUCACUGUGCCUUGCGUACCUCAUGAAAUACCACUCCAUGUCGCUGCUGGACGCCCAUACAUGGACCAAGUCGCGCCGCCCCAUCAUCCGGCCCAACACCGGCUUUUGGGAACAGCUCAUCAAUUACGAAUUCAAGCUGUUUAGUAACAACACCGUGCGCAUGAUCAACUCGCCGGUAGGUGACAUCCCUGACAUCUAUGAGAAGGACAUACUUGCAGUGAUAUCAAUGUAAGCCAUCCCGGCCAGCCCUUGACAUCUGCCAUCGAUCUGGCACCAAGACUGAACUUGAACACUGACAUUUUGUUGGUAAAGAAAACUGGUUGGUGCCUUGUUAAAGGGCAAGAAAAAAAGGGAGGGGGUUGGAGUUUUGAAUGUAGUAAGCCUUACCUUAAUAGAAUUAAAUUCACGAAAUGUAAGAUGGUGAAAAUGUUUUUUAUCUUGUGAGGUCAAGCUAUUGGGGCCUGGCUGGAACCAGGGUGCGGCAAGUGAUGCUCAGCUCACAUAGACCUGCCAGCAGCACCUAAUACAUGUGGCAGGCCUGGAAUUCUGAGCCCUGCCGGAGGCCGACUAACUCAGGAGUGAAUCCCCUAGAAUCUCACCUGGUUCUUUCCAAACCAAAGUCAAAGCCUUAGACAUCUUGGCAUCCCUUGCACUUCUCCCGGUAAGUGCCAACCUAGUGGAUAAGUGACUUUCAUUCAAGCUUUGCUCCAGGAGCUCUGGAGGAGGCUCAGGCUACUCUUGCCCGCCUUCAAUCACAGUGGCCCAUCUCUGGUUUUCUAGAUUGAAUUUAUACAUUAGUUAAAAAAAAAAAAAAAAAAAAAAAAACUAGUUUUUUAA